GCUCAGGAUUCCCUGGUUAAGGUCGAUUGCAUUUUCAACAAGUCACACUUGGUGAAUGGAAACUUUUCAUUCAUCGUACGCCCACGCCACGACAUACCUCACCAAUGGUUUCUCACCACAAGGUAACUUAUCUCCCACUGCUGGCCCUCACAUUGCUUUCAACACGAACUCCCUACAACUCACAACCAUGGGCACCAAGCACACCAUUCUCACGCAAGCCUCCCUCAUCAGAUGGCGCUGCCAUCGCUGUGGCAAGCGAUGGACGUCAGAAGAAGUUGGCAACAAAUGUCCAAGCUGCAGGCACAGAAGGUGCCGGUGGAAGUGUUGGAGCGUCGAAGCUGGGAUGAAGGAG